AUGGGAGAGAGAGACAGCUACGUCGGUGACGAGGCUCAGUCCAAGAGAGGUAUCCUUACACUGAAGUAUCCCAUCGAGCACGGUAUCCUCACCAACUGGGACGACAUGGGGAAGAUCUGGCAUCACACCUUCUACAACGAGCUUCGUGUGGCUCCAGAGGAGCACCCCGUCCUCCUGACAGAGGCUCCCCUCAACCCCAAGGCCCACCGUGAAAAGAUGACCCAGAUCAUGUUCGAGACCUUCAACACUCCAGCUAUGUAUUUGGCCAACCAGGCAGUUCUGUCUCUGCUCGCUUCUGGUCGUACCACAGAGCGAAAUAUCACCAGGGACAUAAAGGAGAAACUGUGCUAUGUUGCCCUCGACUUCGAGCAGGAGAUGCAGACUGCUGCAUCCUCUUCCUCACUGAAGAAGAGUUAUGAGCUUCCUGACGGACAGGUCAUCACCAUUGGCAACGAGAGGUUCCGUUGUCCAGAGACCCUCUUCGAGCCAUCCUACUUGGGUGUGGAAUCUGCCGGUAUCCACGGCACAAUAUACAACUCCAUCAUGAAGUGUGAUGUUGAUAUCCGUAAAGAUUUAUAUGCCAACACUGUUCUCUCCGGAGGUACCACCAUGUUCCCAGGAGUCGCUGAUAGAAUGCAGAAGGAGAUCACAGCCCUGGCAUCAGCAUCAGUGAAAGAUCAAGGUCAUCUCCCCUCCAGAGAGAAAAUACUCCGUCUGGAUCGGUGGCUCCAUCCUUGCCCUCCGUUUGACCACCCAGCGGAGAUGGAUCAGCAAGCAGGAGUACGAUGA